AUGGCAUCUCCAAACUCUAGCAAUGCCCUGUCGUCCACAUUCUAUCUCACAGGUAUCCCUGGCUAUGAGGAAUUUCACCACUGGAUUUCCAUUCCAUUCUGCCUCCUCUACCUAGUUGGAAUUACGGGUAAUUGUACCAUCUUGCAUAUUGUCAGGAUAGACGCCAAACUCCAUGAGCCUAUGUAUUACUUCCUAGCAAUGCUUUCGCUUACUGACAUGGGCAUGUCCCUGCCUGCAAUGAUAACACUAUUUCGAGUGUUGUGGUCCAUUUCCAGAGAGAUCCAGUUCAGUGCCUGUGUGUUCCAAAUGUUUCUAAUUCACACUUUCUCCUUCACUGAAUCAUCUGUGCUCUUGGCCAUGGCUCUUGACCGGUAUGUGGCUAUCUGCCAUCCUCUGCGAUAUGCCACCAUUCUCACUCCAAAACUUAUCAUGAAGAUCGGAAUUGCAGCAUUGCUCAGGAGUGCUAUUCCACUAGUUCCACUUCUAGUCCGCUUGACCUUCUUUUCCUUUUGCCGCUCUCAUGUCCUUUCUCAUUCCUACUGCCUACACCAGGAUAUUAUCCACCUUGCUUGUGCUGACAUUAAGUUUAAUGUUAUAUAUGGGAUGGUUGUGAUCACUAUGCUGUGGGGUUUGGACUCUCUGGGUAUUUUUGUGUCUUAUGUUUUCAUCCUUCACUCAGUGUUAAGAAUUGCAUCUCGUGAGGGAAGGCUCAAGGCCCUCAACACAUGUGCAUGCCACAUCUGUGCUGUUCUGAUCUUAUAUGUGCCUAUGAUAGGAGUAUCUCUUGUCCAUCGGUUUGCCGAACAUUCUUCCCCCUUUGUCCAUAUCUUCAUGGCUCAUAUCUACUUGUUGAUUCCUCCUGUGCUCAAUCCAAUCAUUUACAGUGUGAAGACCAAGCAGAUCCGCCAAGGUGUCCUCCACCUGUUUUCUCCCUGCAAAAUCAGUUCUUUGAUCAUGUAG